UUUCCCAAUUUUAAAGUUGAUAAUUUUUAAUUAAUUUCACCUAACUGCAAAUCAGCUAAAGCCAUUGCAAUUAACUUGUCUCAGUCAGCGACUUGUGCUUGUAGAGAAGAGGCGGAGGCGAUUUCAUUUUAUUUUGUAUCAAUGGCUUUGCAGACUUGCUUCGCCCUCUCAAGCCAAGCUCCCUAUUAUCAAAGCAACAGUCCAAAAUCUUGUUUUCCCAAAACCGUAUUUUCAAUUUCUUUGUCCAAAGCUUCUUUCUUAACAGGAAACAACGACCCACUGCCAUUAUCAUUUUGCUCAAGCAAGAGAAAGCUAAACCUCGCAAUUCUUGCUCUAAUCAUUAAUGGAUCUUUACCAAACAUAUCUAAGACCACUUUGGCCCUGGAGUUGGAGCAGCUUCAGAGGUACACUGAUCCCAAGGAAGGCUUCACUCUCCUCAUACCCUUUUCUUAUGUUAAGGUGGAUAAAGCAGGAGCAACUGUGUUGUUUGAGGAGAUAAACAAGGCAAGUAACAAUGUUGGGGUUGUGGUGAACCCAGUUCGUCUCACCAGCCUAGGUGAAUUUGGGACUCCUCAGUUUGUGGCUGACAAGCUUAUCCUAGCUGAAAAGCGUAAGGAAAGUACAAAAGAAGCAGAAGUAAUUGGAGUGGCUGAGAGAUCAGGCCACGGUGGCCUACAAGUAUAUGAAUUCGAGUAUAAAGUUGAUAGCACAAGGGGAGGGAUGAAGAGGAUCUUCUCAGCUGCAUUUGUGGUCUCUAAGAAGCUUUACCUCCUAAACAUUUCACACUCAGACAAGCCAGAGAGUCCUCUUGCCACUCAAACAAGAAUGAUGUUGGAAGAAGUGCUUCAUUCAUUUGACAUAGCAUAAUGCAUUCAUAGCAGAUGCUUUCAAAGCAGUUGGCCUGAUAAUGUACAUUUCUGCUUGAGAAGUCAAAGGUAACCUAUGUGCUUAUCCCAUUUUAAAUUUAUAUCAAGGUGAAAUAACAUCUAGCUUGCUGGUUGAAGGGCAUUGCAAUACCGCAUGAAUAUGAAUAGAUUUUUUCUUUUUUUUUUGGUUCAUGUUUCAGGUCAGAGUUUUAUAGGCUGUGGUUGUUUUCUUUCCAAUGUAAGGAAAAAGGAAAGAUUUUGUUUGUGUUUGCAUAUUCCAGCAUCUGUCAGUUGACUACAAGUCUGCAUUGUAUGUUGCAUUUGCUCGGCUGUUUGUGCAUCUGAAGUGUAAUAUUCAUGUAGGAUGUCCAAGAAUGUCAUCAUGAGCAUAAAUCAUUUGAAAUAAAUAAGAUAACAAGUAAAUUGUGAUCUUUCACAAUAAUCCUGUUCUAAAAAAAAAAUAAAUUUUGGGCAUCUCAUCUUACAAUAUCAUCUUAGUUUAAAAUUUAUAUAUCUUACCAUGUCAUUUUUUUUUCUUUUUAAUUCUGGCUGAUGCAUGGAGGUUACGCACUAAGAUUAUAAUGACUUGCAGAGAUAGUGUCUGGGUGGCAAGGAAUUGAUAAUCCCUUAGCUUGUCAAGGUAAGGUAAGGUUUAACAAUUGUCAAAAAGAUUCUCAUGACAAUAUAAAUGUAAGCAAUAGUCCUAGAGAAGUGCAAAAUUCAUUCAGAACAACAUUGCUAUUUAAUUGAAAAUUUAAGUUUAUCGCUUAA